GCUCGAAAAUUAUCUUUGCAAAGAUUUCGGUUAUUUUGAUCGUGUUUCGAAGUUUUCCACUUAUUUUCGGGUGUUUUUAAUCAUAAUUAUCGUUUGGUUACAGAACUAUGUGUGAUUAGUCGUGCUUACGUUACAAUGGACCCGAAUCAAACACCGGAAAAAGGUAAAUCCGAACAACGUAUUCCAUCUCCUGGCUCCACUUCCAGUGUACAUUCGAUCCGACCAUUAGAAUGGGACAGCGGAGCUGAUAUCGGAUACCAGAAUCCAUCACAUCCGCAUUUAAGUACCGUAGAACGAAUAGCUUUACAAAACGGAUCCAGCAACUUAUUCAAAACAGGCCCAGAAUCAUCUACGUAUAAUAAAUCUCAAAGCAUAGGUAACCCUUUAGCUGAAUCUUCACCUUUCAUCAAAGUUCCCAGUGGAUCGAGUUCUCAAACUAAAGAUAUCGAUGUACGUAAACCUCUGGUCGAUUACACCAUCAGCGAUGAUCAAUCGUUCGAAGAUCAAAGUAUCCUCGUCACCAGAUCGGAUCCUAUCAAGAGCUUAUCAGAAAUCAGUAAAUCAUUAGAGGAUUUGAGACAUAUCAGACGAUCUCACACCCUGAAUGGACGAGCCACGAAGAGUAGCAGCUCGCAGAACUUGUCUUCGUCCGGUGACAAACAUCAUAAAAAAUUCGCCUCUUCUUCGUCCGUUGCUACGGUUAUUCCUCAAGAGUUACAUCGCCAAGUAUCCAACAAGAGUAUCCAGGUUGAUGAGAACUCGUUAGCGGAAUUGUUUCGAAUGCUAGCAGAUGCCAAGCACGAUAAUUGUUCAACGUAUACGAUUAAUUCGUCGAAACAUAGUAGUUCGGAUAGGAGUAAAUCGAGAUUAACCGAGAGUAAUUCCGAAUCAGUGGAUGGAGGUAGUUUCGAAUACGUUCGAGGAUCGCAAUACAACUCGAAACAGGCUUCCGAAUCCAACUAUUGCGAUUCUACGUCUUCCGGUGGCAUUCACACCCUUUGUAAUGAAGUUAUCGACGGUGUGGAUUUAGUCACCCAGUACGUGAAUAAUUUGAACGUAUCGAAUAAAAACAAAGUUCUAAAAAAAGUAGCUAAAUCAUUGCUGAGUCAAAUCGAACCAAGAUCUCAGCAAGCAUCAGAUGAUAACAGCUUGAAAGAAGUUAUUUUACCCACAGCUUCGAAUGCAGUUGUACCUCUUCAUCGAGUCGAUACUCCUAGUCAACUGCUAAUCAACAGUAAUACGGUUUUUCAACCUAUACAGAAACCUGACCGGACUGACGAUGGUGAUAAAAGCAGUACGACGUCGAAAUUCGAAAGCACAUCGAUCGAAGGUGCUAAAACUAGCGACUCGGUUGAUCAUCCUAAUCUUCGAAAGGCUUCCAGAAGACAGAUAACCCAAGGAAAUAAAUCUAGAAUAUUGGAAAGCUCGGAUUUCUCCAAAAGUACGUCGUCUUGCAAGUCUAUGCCAACUUAUACCAACGAUACAAACUCGUAUGCUGCUUCUGGUACCGAAAACUCGAGCAAAGAUGAUCCGAACGUGUAUUCGUUGAAGAAGUACUUGGCGAAAGAACGCGAAGCUCAGUUACUCUGGAUUCGAAGCGGAAUAGAUCAUUUGAAUAAUUUGAAAAAAUUAUACGAAAGCCAGAAAAUCCUUCGCAAAGAUCUAGUAUUCCACAAACGAGCUACCAGCUCGAAAAUCAACCUAUCAGAAUCCGAAUCACUGCACCCUAAACUCAAACAACCUCAUUCGGAGUCUCGUAACGUGAAACGUACACCAAAGAGUAAAUCAAUCCAAACGUCGACUUCGGAUUUAAACAACGAAUCGCCCCUGAUUCCGAUUCAAACUUCCAGAGUACUUACGAAUCGUUUCGAAUCGUCGAAUAAAAACACCGUCUCGACCAAGAAGCUAAUCGUCAAAAGAUACUGUAAGAAAUAUCGCGACAAGAAAUCACCGUGUAAUCAUUGUCCUUGUUUAUCUGGUGAAAAACACGUAUCCGAGAAUAAAGAGAAUAUCGAACAAAACGUACCGAAAACUGUCAAGAAACCGAUCAGUUAUACGGUGCUUUUUGACAAGACGCCUUGUCUGGAAGACAAUAAGUGCCAUAAAGAACCCGCCAAAGAGAAAGCUUUCGAUAAAGUGAUCCAUUUUAGCAGUAGGACUCGUACAGUGACGCCGGAGAUCGAAUUGAAACCGAACGAUGUAACCGAUCCGUGUCCAUCAUUGCAGGAGUAUUUAUUGAAGAAUAAACCAGAAUAUGUGGACAGAGCCGAAUUCAGAAGGCAGUGCCUCUAUGAAAUAGCUCAAUUACGUGAAUUACGAGAUAAAAGUAAAAAUGAACUGAUGUCGUUGAUUACGAAUUCGGACGAAAGUGAUAUCAAUACCGUUCGUAGACAUUUACCACCAGCUCCUUUGACUGUUAUGAGAAUUUUCAAUGACAGAGCCCUUCGUGAACAAACCGAAAAGAAAUACAAACAGUUACCGGAAGUAUUGGCGAAAAAAUUGGAGCAAAGGAAGAGAGAAAAUAAUCGUCGUAAUCAAAUUAUGGCUAAAGUAUUCACCAAGAAACUCCAAAGAAAAGUACUGAAAGGCCAAGUGAAUUUAGCCAAUAGCGCCAGCGUCAUUUCGAACUGAUUACUGGAAUGUGUCACUAUUGAUAUCACGUUUCAAUGACAAUUUUUACCUAAUCUUUUACAAACUGUGUCAAUUAUUAUUGAGUAUUAUUUUUUUAAUUUUUAAUUUUUACUAAUCAUUGUUAAGAUUGAUGUUUCCACGUAAUAUACCUACCUCUGUUGUGUGUUUUUAAAUA